CACCUCGCCAGACACAAUCUUUCAUGGGUUUGCUUUGGCUUCUUUCAUUUCUACAUUCUUCUCUUUUUGGAGAUGAGGUGUUGGAAGAACUCAGGAUGUCUGGGUCAACAUCUUCUUACGACCAUCUUGUAAAGCAAGUUGAGGCACUGAGGAAAGAGAACUCUCACCUUCGGAGAGAGUUGGAGGACAACUCCAGCCACCUGUCUAAGCUGGAGACGGAGACUUCAGACAUGAAGGAAAUGCUGAAGCAGCUUCAGAACAAGCUGGAGCAAGAGGCUAGCAACUUGGCUUCUACUGGGAGAACAGAAAUUCUGGACCAGCUGAAAGAGUUGAACACCGAUAUUGCCAAUCUGUGUGACAUAAAGUGGCAAUCGAACAUGGUGUGCUCGGGACAAAGCAAAUUUGCAUUGGACCAGACAGUUGAGAAGAAUCAGAUGCAUCCUAGAGCACCACAGGUCCAAGAUUACUUGCCAGUGGCACAUGGAAGGAUGGAGCAUCUGGAGGAACUUAAUGAAGAAAGGGCACUGCUUCUUUCUGAGAUUGAAAAGGAAGAGACAGAGAAAGCCUUUUAUUGUACUCAGAUCCAGAAUCUUGGCAAACGAGCAGAUGAACUGUCACAAAUCAGAAGUGUUUCAAAGCACAUGGAUUCAAUUCGGCAACAGCUACAGUAUGAAGCCCAUCAGAUCAAAGCCAUUAUUGAGGAGAGGUAUGGUACGGGUGACAACACAACUGAACGACUCCAGUUGCGAAUGAACCGGAUCCAAGAGAUUGAAAAGGAGAUUCUUCAGUCCCAGCAGAAAGUGCAGGAGACUGAGACCGAGGGACGUGGAAAAUCAAAUGAUCAGGACACGGAAGGCAUAAUGAAUAAUUUACCUCAAGGACUAAACAACUUGGGCAGUAAGGUGGAGAUGGUGUUCUGGCUCCUUUCCAUGCUGGCCACCCGUGACAAGGAUGACAUGUCGAGGACGUUGCUCGCCAUGUCCAGCUCCCAGGACAGCUGCGUCGCCAUGCGCAAGUCUGGCUGCCUCCCUCUGCUCAUUCAGCUCCUGCACGACAGUGAGCGAGACACGGGGCCGGCCAGGAAUUCCAGUGGCAACAAGGAGGCUCGAGCCCGGGCUAGUGCCGCACUCCACAACAUUGUAUAUUCCCAGCCCGACGAGGGGCAGGCCAAGAGAGAAAUGCGAGUCCUGCACGUGCUGGAGCAGGUGCGGUUGUACUGUGAAACGUGCUGGGAAUGGCUGGACUCCAACAGACCAGGCAAUGGCUCUGAAUCUAACAACUUGCCAUUACCCAUAGAACCUCAGAUCUGCCAGGCAAUGUGUGCAAUAAUGAAGCUGUCCUUCGAUGAAGAGUACCGACGUGCUAUGAAUGAGCUUGGAGGUUUGCAGGCGGUUGCAGAAUUGCUUCAGGUUGAUUGCGACAUGUACGGGGCCACCAGUGACCCUCUGAAUUCAGCCCUACGUCGGUAUGCAGGGAUGGCCCUGACCAACCUCACCUUUGGAGAUGUAGUCAACAAGGCGACAUUGUGCUCCAGAAAAGGCUGCAUGCAAAGUAUCGUGGCCCAGUUAGAGUCUGAAAGUGAAGACAUACAUCAGGUUGUGGCGAGUAUUCUGAGGAACCUUUCAUGGAGGGCAGAUGUCAACAGCAAGAGGAUCCUACGGGAAGUUUCGAGUGUCAGCGCUCUGAUGCAGUGUGCUCUGAAAGCAAAAAAGGAAUCGACACUCAAGAGCCUGCUGAGUGCCCUCUGGAACCUGUCAGCGCACAGCACAGAGAACAAAGUAGCAAUCUGUUCUGUUGAAGGAGCACUGAUUUUCCUCGUGGGUACUCUGACCUAUAAAUGUCAGAGCAAUUCACUUGCCAUUAUUGAGAGCGGCGGGGGUAUUCUACGAAAUGUUUCCAGUCUCAUUGCAACAAAUGAAGAGUACAGGCAAUGUCUACGUGACUACAACUGCCUGCAGACCCUCUUGCAACAUCUGAAGUCCCACAGUUUGACCAUUGUCAGCAAUGCUUGUGGAACCUUGUGGAAUCUUUCAGCUCGGAACUCAAAAGACCAGGAACUACUGUGGGACCUGGGGGCUGUCAGCAUGCUGAGGAACCUGAUCCAUUCCAAACACAAGAUGAUAGCAAUGGGAAGUGCUGCUGCCCUGAGGAAUCUGUUGACUAACCGCCCAGCAAAAUACAAGGAUACCACCAUGAUAUCCCCAGGGUCUUGCAUGCCUUCUUUGUACAUGAGGAAGCAGAAAGCUCUAGAGGCUGAACUAGAUGCUAAACAUUUAGCAGAGACAUUUGAUAGUAUUGAGAAACUUAGUCCGAAGCAUUCCAAUAUUAACAAGCCUCUUAGACAUAUUGAAAGUCUGGCCAAAGAUUAUGCUUCAGACUCUGGAUGCUUUGACGAUGAUGAAGGUCCCAAUAUACCAACUGGAUUAGAAACUGGAGGCUUGUCCAUGUUGUCCAUGUAUCUGAACUCCUCCUUCCUUCAAGGGCAAGGCUUGUCCCGGUGCCGUAGUACCGGAAGAUGCUCAGAGUCAGAAAGAGAUCUUGAUGGGAAACAAAUGGAUGUUCAAAAAUUCAAUCCUGCCACUGACAAUGUGUCGAUUGCUGCAGAGAGACUGGUAAACCAAAUAUCCACAACUGUAGCCAGAAUUGACAAAAUAGUGGAAGAUAUGUCGAACAUGCACACAUCCUCAGAAGACAGCUUUAGUCUUAGCUCUGAAGAUCAGUGCAUUGACUGGCAGUCUGCAUUAGAUGACCUGAAUGAACCCAAGACAAAGUCUUCAUCACCCCGUCACCUUGCAGACGCUGUUAAUUUAGGCAAACGUGAAAAUCGUGGAAAAGUGCCAGGCAUCUUGGGUGCAAGGACAGACUACACCAACUUGUCAAGUGAUAGUCUAGAGUGUACUAAUAGCACCGGUGAACGCGACACAAAAAGUCAAAUGAGUUCAUCUAAGGAAUCCUCAAGGACAGAACAUAAGGAAGAGCUUCCGAUGUAUCAAAAAAGACCAACUAAUCUGGACCUAAAGAAUGGAGAGAACCAUCAGAUGGAUAGAAAAGAUUCUGAUGGACAGCCAAGUUCCAGAGAAUCCAAAACCUCAUGGAAUGAUGCCUGGGGGAUAAGAAAAACUGAUGAGAUAAGUAAGAAACAAUUCUCACCCCUUUAUGAAAGGCCCCACAUGCCUUCUGUCACAACAAGAAGCAGUCCUAGCCCAAGCCCAGGAAAUUCCCUAACUCCUCAGAGUUUGACAAACAGAAGACAGGCAUGGGCCCAUUCUGGACUUUCACAGAGUACUAGAGACUUGAGUCAAGGCCUCUCCAGCACAUCUGCUUGUACGCCAGUCUCCAAUGACCAGGAAACCUUACAAACCUACUGUGUGGAAGAUACUCCAAUUUGCUUUUCACGCUGCAGUUCAUUGUCAUCCCUCUCAUCUGCUGAAAAUGCCCUGGAUGUGCAAAUUGGUAGUGAAAAUGAUGUUGACAGUGAUUCUUCCCUGGAAAUAAUUGGCAUAGAGAAAGAAUCACCACUGACAGUUGAAAAGACUGUAAGUGAUGAGUCUAUUGCUACAGAAGAGAUGCAACUCAAGUCCAGUGAUCAUUCAUUUAGCAGUACAUCCCAGCCUAUUGAAAUACCUUGUCCAAAGCAUGAAAAGUUUUUGAUAAAGAAAAGGGCAGCUUCCAGAAAUAUGGAUUCCAGCCCUUCGAGUCCAUCAGAUAAUUACUUGCAAGAAACCCCACUGGUCUUAAGCAGGUGUAGUUCAGUCAGCUCGCUUGGAAGCUUUGAAAGUCCAUCAAUAGUCAGUUCCAUUCAAAGUGACCCUUGCAGUGAAAUGGUAAGUGGUACAAUCAGCCCCAGUGAUUUACCUGACAGCCCUGGACAAACCAUGCCUCCUAGUAGAAGCAAAACCCCAUUGCUGGACCAAUUGGAAAAAGAUGCCAGUCAAGCCAAUAAUCAAUGGGACAGUGAGAUGAAGAAGCACAUGGACAUCAACGAAUUCAAGGAACGUUUUCAACUUCCUCCAGACAUUGACACAAUGCUGUAUUUCACUCUGGAGAAACCAAAUGAAAACUUCUCAUGUGCUUCAAGCCUGAGUGCACUCACCCUUCAUGAACCCUAUAUUCAGAAGGACAUUGAACUAAAGUUGAUGCCUCUUCUCCAAGAAAAGAGCUGUUUCAACUGCUUAGCACAAGAAAAGAGAGAAGACAUUAGAGAGGAACGGAACGCUGAUGGAAUGGAGAAAGCCGAUAAGCUGGAUAGCAUCCUGGAAAACUCUGAUGAUGACAUUGAAAUCCUGAAAGAAUGUAUUAACUCUGCGAUGCCAACCAAGUUUAGAAAGGUGAAGACCUCACUCAUUUCUGGCUUGUCCACUCAGGUGCUGCAAUCGAAGAAGUCACUUCAGCUGCCAGUUUACAUGUUAUUGCCAGCUCAUUCUCAGCUAGAUCCAGCUGGGCAAAGCACCUCCAAAAAUGAUACCUUUAGAGAAGAUUCCUCAUACUCCGAUUCUGUUGAAGGGACUCCAGUCAACUUUUCCAGCUCAGCCUCUCUCAGUGAUGAGACCCUGGAGUAUCCACAAAGGGAUUCACCCAGUGUGGCAAAAGUUAGGCCUGAAAUAACUGAGAGGAGAGAACUAAUUCCUGCAGAAGGACAAAACACUGAUGACCUAGAAGUACCAAUAUCUAUUAGAAUGCAUGAGAAAAGCCUUGAACAAGGGAAUAAAUACAAUUUAAAUAUAAAUGAAGUGUGUCCCCAUUCCAGCUCAGUCCCAAGAGCUCAAUCGCAUUUGUUUAUUAAUCUCAACCAAAGGGAGGUUCAAAAAAGAAAUCAGAACUCUUUACCUCUGCAGCAAUGUCAAAGCCAUAAUGUUCCUGGAUUCCAGUCAGGAUUGACUGCAAAUGUCUUAAGGAAGGAACAAACCACACCACGGCACCUGGUGAAAUUGGAUAAAAAUGAAGACAACUGUAAGAGAGUUGAAGAAGGUGAGCAAAGAAUGGAAGUUUCUGGUGGAGAAUACAUUCAUGGAAGCUAUGCCUUUCAGUCCAUGCGCCACACUACACCUACUGAAGAAGCUGUUUAUUGCUUUUAUGAAAAUGACUCAUUAGGUAGGCUAGGUAUCACAAAAGAUACAGUCAAACAGAAAAGUGGAGUGAAAAGUGACUAUGAGGAAAAGGUCAUCAACCAAAACGCAGAAGCAAGGAAUGAACCAAACCACAACUAUAAGACAAGCAUGAAGUUCAAAAAUGCUGGUGUAGUCAGUAAGAAUGAACGGGCGCUGAUUACAGAUGAAAGUCCACUUUGCUUCUCCCUUAGUUCCUCGCUAAGCUCUCUGAGUGAUGUGGAGCUGGAGGACUUUCAAACGAAGACACGGAAAUCAUUUGUAAAAUCGAGGAAAAAAUCUCAAAGUUCUGCUUCUGCUUCCAAAUCUUUCACCAAUGGAUACUCAUCCAUGCCAACAACAAGGGAUAGUUCCCCGAGCUCUUUGAGUUACGAUUCAGAAGAUGAUCUCCUGCAGAAAUGCAUCAGCUCAGCAAUGCCAAAGAAGAGGAAACACUCUUCAAAACAAAAGUCUGAGAAGUCUGCAAAGCAAAGCCAAAAAGGUAAUGCACAAACCCACACUGGCAUGAACAUUGCUUGGGACUUGCAGCAAAGGAAUGAUGCAAGCCAAGAUCUUUGUAGCUCAAUGUCAGACCUGACGUCUCCUGACCUGGAAAGUAUCGAGUGGAAAGCCAUUCAAGAAGGUGCCAAUUCCAUAGUCACCAGUUUGCAUCAGGCAGCAGCGUGUCUUUCAAGGGAACCUUCCUCAGAGUCUGAUUCCAUUUUAUCAUUUGUGUCAGGGUUGUCCAUCGGAUCAACACUCCACUUUACACUUGAGCGGAAGGACAAAAAAAGGACUCAAAAAGAGCAAACCCGAGAUUUAGAGGGUGCAGAGUGUGCUGCUAAGGAAGGGAAGAAGCUGACUGAACACAAAGCAACUGCAGGUAAAUCCUCCAACACCAACAGAGGUUCAAACAUACCUAAACAACCGUCCCGAGCAGUGAGUUUACCAGUGAUCUUCAGAGGAAGGACUGUGAUCUACAUGCCUGAUAUGUGGAAAAAGUCCAACAGUGCCAGCAUUUCUUCAAAGAAAACAAUGCCUAAGAAUAAUGCUUCUAGCAAAAGUCCUAACCAGGCUUUUAGAUCUCGAAGCUUGCACAGACCUGGACAAACAACAGAGAAAGUUGACAGUACCCUACCAAAAAGAAGUGUAACUCCACCUGCAAGAAUAGUAAGGGGUCCUUCCGGGGGAUCAUCAAGGAACUCAACACCAUCCAGGCAGCCGCAAAGGAAUUUGACCACAUCUGUACAGCCCAAUAAGCAAGGAACACCACUUGUAACAAAGGCCAACAUCAAUAAAAUUGACCAGAAACCGAGACCUCAAGUCACUUCCUUGCCUUCCACUCCAAAUAUUAGAUCUCCAGCAUCGGGGAAAAUCACUCGUAGGUCACCAGUCCAAACAUCAAACAAUCAGGCACCAACUAAGCAGGUAACUCCAGCAAAAAAGCUGCCAACCUUUCAAAGGAAUGAUACUGCUGUACCGAAUAAGAACCAAGAUUCUAAGAAGGUCAUGCCACCAAACCGGCUGGACCUGGUGAGAAUGUCCUCAGCAAAGUCAAGUGGCAGUGAAUCAGAUAAGUCCAACUUUGUGCGGCAGCUGACGUUCAUCAAGGAGUCCCCCGGCCUUCUGAAGAGGCAGAAGUCUGAAGCUUCUUCAUCUGAGUCGGUCUCAUCGUUGUCUCAGUCUGCAUCACCAAGGAGAAGCAAGUCAGAUUUUCAGGCAGCUGUCUUGCGUUCUUCACAGUGCCAGGGGCUAAAAGUUGCUAAACCAGUUUCUAACGUGAACGUGAAUCAGCGCAAGGCCACGUGCAAAGAAUCGGCACUCCAAAAUGAGAAACUGUCGAGGAGGCCAAGCUCAGAAAGCCCCUCGAGGCUUCCUGUGAAAAACAGUGCUGCUUGGAAGCAUGAGCAUUUUAAACGAUAUUCAUCUUCCCCUCACAUCAAUGUGUUACAGAGGGCUGCAAGCCCAUCUUCCAUUCGCUCAGCAUCAUCAGAAUCUAGUGACAAGACAAAGAGUGAAGAGGAGCCUCGAGGACCUGAUAGACUUGUCAAACAAAAAGAACAACAAAUGAGAAAGAGUCAGCCAAGUUUAAAAGGAACGUGGCGAAGAAUCAAAGAUGAAGACAUUCCAUAUUUUCUCAGCAACUCUCUCCCACCUUCUGCAAUGGCACUGGUAAAUAAAUCAGAACCUGAGCAACCGCUAAGCAAAAUGGGAGCUGUGGAAACUAAAACAAGUGAUGCUUUUGUGCAGACUGAAGACUUUCCCAUUACAAAAACAAAUUCAAGCACGUCACCCACAUUGGACCUCAUCCCUCACCUUCAACAAGCUAAUCCCAGGAAUACCAGAAGCAGGCCAUUUAUUGGGAAAAGCUUAGAGACUAUAUAUGGUAUCCAUUCAGUUGAACAGGAACCUGAUGCAGUGUUACUUAUGAGGAACAAUAUAACCACUUCAUCUGAGACUGAGAGCCACACUACAGCCCCAGGUCAUAACCAUUUCAAUUCCAGUAGACAUGGUUCUCCAAGCAGAGCUGCUCGAGUGACUCCUUUCAACUAUAUACCCAGCCCCAAGACAAUAAAAUCUGACAGUGGAUCUCUGCAGCCACCUCAGAUUCGAGCACCUAUUAUUAAUGAAAAAACAAUAGCUAAGGUGCAAAGCUGAAAGCCAAAUGGAACACUGGCUUAAGUACUUGAUUGCUUUGCAGUUUUCACUUCAAGUGAUAAAACCCAUGAAUGGUGCAUUCAUUCAUAAAUGUACACCAAGCACAGCUUUAAUUGAGGUACAAAUGCAUGCGUCAUAUACUUUAGUUCUACCAUCGCCCAUUUUAUUAUGGAACUAUCAACUGACUGAAAGACGUUACGAGGUGAAGUCCCUCCACCUGUGACAUUAUCUACAAUGUUAGUAUUCACAUAUUAAUAUUAGUUGACUGCAACAAAUGGUGAUACACAGCAACAAAUGAUUCAUUUGCACCUGUGAACAUAAGAAAAUGCAUUGUUCCAAUGAUAAGGUAUCAUGCAAACUUUGAUCGGUUUCAGCUCAAGAUGGUCUCUGAAAAUAUUAGUUAACUACUUAGGUGGCUAAUACACAUGAUUAAUCAGAGAUGCUGAGGAGUUCAUGAUUGAAUUCCUUCAGGAACAAAGAUAAUUAAUAUAUAUAUAAUAUACAUAUAUAUAUAUAUAUAUAUAAAGCUAAUCAUAUUUCUAAAUGUCCAAUAGUUGUUGCAGAUUCAAUGAAUAUUUCAACUUAUAUUGACAAUUUUUGAAGGACCAAUGUAUCUAUAACGAAUUUAUUUGUCAGUUAAGAUCAAAGUUAGCCCAGAAAAAAAUCUCAAGGUUGCCAAAUACAUCUCUACCAUGAUUAUUGGAGAACUGGUUAAAGAAUUGAUGUUGUCCAGCCCGGACUGUUUAAGUGGAAGGAGGGAAAUGAGGAAUCAGCACUUUGUUGAUCUCAGUGGAGGCCUAUACUUGGUUCCUCUUGUAAAGCAGUACUCUCCGACUAGGCAGCUUACAAGUACAGGACAAACAGGCUAAGGACAGAUAUUGAAAAAAAAAUCAUUAAUAAUUCAUUCCUUGUCCAUAAUUAACAGACAAUGAAGUAAAUACAAAGUUAUGAAGAGGAAUGUACUGAGAAUGUUUGAUUGGUUCUUGCAAUCAAUUGAUAGCAAAACAAGAACAGGAUUUUAACUGGACCCUAUUAAUUUCCAACCAUGUCUACUUAGAUUUUUUUUAAUGAAAAUUACUUCCUGAGAAUGUAUUCAAGGUGUUUAAUUGAAGUUUUUCUUUACUUUAUGUCUAAUGUUACAAAGUUGUAAGAAUUAGAUUAUUUCCCCUUGUGACUUUGUGCUGUUCGGGAUUACAUUUAUUUGCAGCAAUUAUGCAUGAACAAGGAUAUAAAUUGAUAGUUUUAUCCAUUGAACUGUUUCAGUCUAAAGGUGCAUUUAAAGAAGUUCAUGGAGCUUAGAAAGCUUGGGUCGAAUGAAGGGAUCUGCAUUGUGUUUAUCUUCUUGCAUUCAGACUAAUGCAAUUUAGGCUGAUCACCUUCACCCAUAGAUGUAAGGGUUCACAACAAGUAAUGCCUGAAAAUCUUUUGUUAUUACCAGAAAAAAUGACUGUCCUUCAAAGAGACCAAGAAGGGUGCUAAAGUGGGAAAUAAAUGCACUGGUGGGCACACUCUGUUUCAGCAUCCAGUUGAGUAUCAGGCAGGGUUCUAAAUGCUGAACUCCAUUUACUUGGUGCUCUUGCUGAUUGCAAAUGGUCUCCUAUGCAACCCACCCCACCACCACCCCAAUGCUCUCAGAUGCAUCCCCACCAUUCCUCAUCUUGAAAUGCAGAAAAUUUUACUUAAAAUAUCAAAUGCUACAAAGUUAAACCUUAAGAAUUCGUAGGAAAUGCAACAGCAUAACCAAACUUCGACCAAGGAGCAUCAACCAUACAUUGUUAUUUUAGACGGAAAGUUCUGAAAAUCCAAUGAUAAAACUGACAUUUUUUUUAUUUAAAAAGAAUUAAAAUCAGUAUCUUUGUAGUGAUAUUUAUAUUCAAGAGACAUAAGUUUGUAAAUGGAACUGUGAGCAGAUGAGUACAUGAAGGUUUAACACACUGCUGUUAAUUCCUUUAUCUAACCCAGAUGUCAAUUGUUUGGAUUAGUUGCUAGCAGGCUGCUUGCUCCAGGUGGGGUUAAAGACCUUGUGGUACAAGAAAGAAUAGCCAUUCUGACAUUGCCAAAAACAGAUAAACAGAAUGCUCAUCUCUUGCUGAAUGCAGACUGGCUUGCCCAUUCAGGGUUCACCGCGCUUCAAACUAGUUAACUGUGUGUGAUCUGAGAGACAUAAUAAGGCACUAAAGGAACACAGUUUUUAUUUUGUUAAGCAAUUUAUUGCAGAUAAUUAAUUUAGUUAUAACACAUUUAUAGGGGAAAUAACCAUAUUGAGUACAUUUCCUUCCCAAAUUUACUCUGCUUUUAUGAGACACUAAGGAUGGUGUAAAGUCAGUGUUCCACAGAAUCUUGUCAGCUUUCUGCCCUUUUUGUUCAGUUAAAAUGAUCAAAUUGAGUUUGUAUGGUAAUCUUUGCACAAAGUCAUUUCAAGGAUUUAUUCUUGUAUCUUCACUAUGAGUAUGUACAGCAAAACUAGAGCAAUGUCAUCCAUUAAAAAAACUCCUGUUUUGCUAGAGAUAAUGUAAUAAGAUCAAUUUCACUUAAAUUAAUGCAAAGGGCAUUAUCUGUAUUAGACCAAUAGCACUAUCAUUUAUACACUCAGUGAAUUUAGUUUACUGGAAUACUACACACACAAAGUAAGCUUGGAUCACUUGCUAUUUCAACAGUAGUUUACUGAAAAAAUUGUACUUGUGGUUUCAAUUCAUAUUAGAAGCCAGUAAUUUGACCAAUUUUCCAAUGUUAAAUAUAUGUUCUAUUGCCCUUAGUAAUGCAGAAAUGCACAUAUUAUAUGAAGAUACUUUGAUCUGUGGAUGAAGACGAUACUUGGUGUUAAUAUCAUCUCUCCUGAUGUUCCCAUUGAUUUUGGCUAGAGUUUAAUUCUAUGGUGUCCACUGCAUUCUUGCUUAAGUGACCUCCCUUCCUGUGUAUGCGUAUGCAGUGAGGGUUUUAAUGGCAUCAUGGUAGAGUCCAAUAUACUCAUAUCUAACAAGAAGGUUAGGAAUCAAUCACUAUUUCCUUCUCCACUAUUCAUAAAGUAUUAAAAUUCAUAUGUACAUGCAAUCAUUGUCUAUAAAACUGUACUUCCUGUUAUAUUUUUGUCAUACUCAUGUCAAUUCUAUUUCAUAUAAAUUUCAGAUUUAUACUGUAAGUUGCCUGUGUUAACCUGUCACAGUGUAGUUAAGACCUCCAAUCAAUGGCAGUGCGGUAGCACCUUGGUUUUCAUGUCUCUUAGCUCCUGUGUUGCAGAAAAACUUCUUUAAAGCAACCAAAUCCAUUUCUCUUCUUCCAAAUGUUCUGUUGAACUUUGAGUAUAAUCAUCCAAUUGUCAUAUGAAUACAAGAAUGGAAUGAGUUUAAAAUGUAUAAAAAUUAUAUCUGUGGGCCAUGGUCUAACUCUCGCUCUCUAAUCCCACGCCACUGGAAUAUUGCUACUUAACUCCGCAGGAGAUUAAGUUGUUGAAAAAAAAAACUGCAGUUGUAUGUUUGUAUUUCUGUGUCUGGGUCCAAAAUGGCUGGAUGUCAUACUUUAUCAAAGACUGCAUUUUUCAAAGUCAAAAUCAAUACUUGCAUAUUCACAUAUGCUUGAUCUUUGUUUGAAUAUAGGUCACUUAAAACAUGCCUUCUUUAAUAUGUCACAGGAAUCCUAGGCCUGUUGAAUUCCUUAGGUUGGUUUCAAUGGCAAUGAAACUGAAGUCCUUAAAUGUAUGAUCCUUGGUUAUCUUUAACCUUCAAGUAGAAACAUCUCAUUUUGAAGGACAAAAUUUCAUAUUCAACGCAGGCAUGACUGACACUUUGCCAAUUAUGUACAGUACAAGUAAUAUGUGUGUUUUUCUUUGGUAUAACAAAUACCAGAUUCUGGCAGAAAAUGUAUUUAACUGUAGUGCAAACAGAAUGAAGAUGGCAAUGUUUGGCUACUGAAGAAGCAAUGGGCCUAAUGAAAUCCCAGGAUAACACCCAAUGCUAUUUUAUCACUGCCGUGGCAAAGGACUUAUGUUUUACUGAACAAAUAUGCAAAUAGGCACUUUUGCAUAUCAGAAAAUUGUGGUGUAUAUAUUUAUAACAGUCAUGUAUUUCAAUUGUUUGUCUCAUUAAAAAAAUAUAAUUCAGA